CAAGCAUACGCCUUUUUCGGCCGUUGCCACUGCGAAGCAUUCCGCCCCUCGCCGUCGCCGCCGCUGACUUUGCGAUCUUUUCCCCAUUCCCGAGACUGUUUCUGCAUGCCCGGGAACGCGUUGAGAUCUAGUUUUCGAAACGAGCACUCGUCGGCUUCUUUGAGGUUUGGUCGUGUUUUGGGCUUCUCAAUCGACAUCGACCAUCGAAAAGCCUGUCGCCAGUGAUCCGACUAGGAGAGGAAGAAGAAAAGGAACACCACACCUACCGCCUUAGCCUUCCCGUUUCCUCUUCGCGCGCCUAAGACGAGAUGGUGGCUAAGGGCCUCGAAAUGGAGGCGCUAUCGCCGCGCGAUGCAAACGCCCAGAGAGCGCCUCGAGUGAACGAGCUGAAGACUAAGGCAGCGGCCCAACUCAAGUCGGCAAAGGACAAGGAGCAUCCACCCCCACCCCCGAACAAUGUCACGGAGCCGCCCAGCGCCGACCGCAAGGAGGGCGCCGUCUACCAAGUCGGCAAGAUGCUAGGAAAGGGCGGGUUUGCCAUUUGCUACGAGGGCAAGCUGGCCGGCAUGUCCAAACGAUUCGCUCUCAAGAUUGUCAAGAGCCAGAUGCCCGCCAAGAUGGAACAAAAGUUUCAGACCGAACUCCAGAUCCACUCCAAGAUGCGCCAGAAGAAUAUCGUCCAGUUUCACCGCGCCUUCACCUUUGAGAGCUGCACCUAUCUCGUCCUGGAACUGUGCCCGAAUGGCUCUCUUAUGGAUAUGGUCAAGCGGCGCAAGGGUCUGACAGAGCCCGAGGUGCGCUUCUAUUCGAUCCAGAUUGCCGGCGCCAUCAAGUAUAUGCACGCCAAGGGAAUCAUCCAUCGCGAUCUAAAAAUGGGCAACAUCUUUCUUGACAAAUACAUGAACGCAAAGAUUGGCGACUUCGGUCUGGCUGCCCUCCUUCUGACAGGAAAGGACAUGCAGAUUAUGCGGAGGACGACUCUAUGCGGAACACCCAAUUAUAUCGCCCCGGAGAUCCUCGAGAAGGGAAAGAAGGGCCACGACCACAUGGUGGACAUCUGGAGUUUGGGAAUCAUUGUCUUUGCCAUGCUCACAUCCAAACCUCCUUUUCAAUCGUCAACUACGGACGAAAUCUACCGCCGCGCCAAGGACAGAGACUAUGAAUGGCCAUCACCCGAGACUUCACAAAAGUACAUUAGCCAGGAGGCCAAGGACCUUGUCGCGACAAUGCUGCAAGAUGCCGACAAGAGGCCAGACCCCGACACGAUUGUCGAGCAUCCUUUCUUCACUUCUGGCUAUCUGCCCAUUGCUUCGGAUAUCUCACCCAAACUCCGAGAAUCUCCCCCGCAAAGUCCCGCCUUUUACGAUCCCCCCGCAGACGCCGAGAUGGAAGCGCUAAAUCUUCGAAACGUCCAGGAGAUGUGCCAGGAAUGCGGUGUAGGCCCAUGGUGUCAUUCGCAAUUCGUCUUCAAGAAUAUUUGGAGAGAAAUGGCCGAAGAGGAACAGAACGGCCUCACACCCGCUAUUCCCUUGGCCGAAGGAAUUGUUUACCGUCCGUUUGACGAGAUCCGGAGUGAGCAGAAGCUUCAGAUGCGGCUCGCCCAGCAGGCUCAGCAAGCCCAGCAAGCCGCGAAAGCCCAGCAAGCGCAACAAACCCAGCAGGUCCAGCAAGCCCCUCAGUCUUUAGACAAGACGGACGAGCUCAGUAGUUUCAGCCAAAGCAUUCAGUCCCAGAGAGUCACAUCUGGGCUCCUCCGUGCCCCACCCCAGAGUUUUGCUGCCCAGCAGAGGGCACAGCACAGGCCUGCCAAUUCGGCUAGUAUAUUCCGAUCCCAAUCAGUCGCGGAGCCGGCCUCCAAAACUGCCGGCAGUUUGCGUCUGCGGCCCCAGCGGGAAGUUCCAGUUGCACCAGAGCAGCAACCGACUGAAGAGACCGCCCCGCGACUCAGAGGCACAACGACCCGUAGCCUCCGGAAUCAACUGACUUCCAUGCGGAACCAGCCCGCUCCAGCUGCAGCGGAGGAGCAGGUUCCUAAAAAGGCUCCGGCUCCAGUAAUCUCGAAGCUUAGGGUUCAAGAGGAGAAGAUGAGCCUGUUCAGCCCAUCAGAGUACCAAGAACCAGUCCCUGGAACUCGACCAGAUGUUGUGCUGGAUCGGUUACACAAACUUCAGGCGGAGCUGGAGAGGGCACUCAAUUCCCGAUCGAUGGCAAUCCUGUCUUCCAAAGACAAGACGCCGUCUCCACCUCACAUUGUUGUCAAGUGGGUCGACUACACCAACAAAUUUGGCCUAGGGUAUAUCUUGAACGACGGUAGCGUCGGGUGCAUUCUCCGCGGGCUGCCAACACAGACCGGAUCGCAGACAGGCCUGUUGCCACCGGCAUGUAUGCUUGUCCAUGGUGCCGAACGACAUUGCCAGCGAAAAGAAGACCCGUCGUAUCUAGACAGACAUCAGAUCGUCCCCAUGAAUGAGGGGAUUUACUUUUACGAAAACAACGGGGCUGAGGGCUUCUCACGGGUUCGGGCGUCGCCUGAAACCUUUCUCGUACCGGUCCAUUCUGACGGAACGGUGGGCAAGUUCUUGGCUGGAAAGGACAUAUAUGACCACCGGAAGCGAGAGCGGAUCGUGCUCUGGAAGAAGUUUGCCAACUACAUGAUUACGUACGGGCGCGAGAUGGACGGACAAGUGGACGAAUCGCCAAUCCGAGCCCCGACCAUCACGGAUCCCACAGCUGCGCCGAGUGACAUCGUGACCUUUUACCAACGCUUUGGGGACGUGGGCUGCUGGAUGUUCUGCGAUGGCCACAUGCAGUUCAACUUUCCCGACCACACCAAGAUUGUGCUUGAUUCGACAGCGACUUGGUGCCACUUCUGGCAUCUGCCCCAGGGCGCCGCUAAGCUCCUGGAGGAGACUGGGUCUCUCGCCGAGUCGGCGCUGGAUGACAGGACAGUUCUUUCGUACCCGCUACAGACCCUUCUCAACUUCGCCACGCCGCCUCGGGCGGGCACCCGCAGUACCAGUAAUCCGACGCGGCGCCGGCCAGAGAUCAGCCCCGAGCUUCAGGGCAUCCCGGCCGCCAACCACUUUCGCCGCAAGAUUGAGUUCAUCCGUGAUAUUAUCAGGGAAUGGAACGCAAACGACGGAAUUGGAAACAGCGAUAUGACCCGUGACAAGCGGCUCCGCUGGACAGGCAUUCGCGAGACGCGCAACGUUCAGAUACCUGCCAAGCACGUCUGGGUCACAAUCGGCGCAUGCUGGGGCGACGAGCGGUUGUCGGCCUACGUUGAUCCGCGAAAGCCGGCAGAGAUGGGCCCCGACAUUGACGAAUCAAAGAAGUCGGAGGGGCAACAGCAACGGCAGCGGAGCUAACAGGAUUUUCUUCUACUCUUUCUAGCGGCGUGUCCGGGCUUGCUGGGUUGCGUGUUUUCCCUUUCAGAAUGGCGUUUGGGGGUUUCUGUUAUUUUGCUGGUCACUCUGCGGUUGGAAGAUUAUGGGGAGGUGGGGAGAGAUGAUACCGGGGAAGAAGAAGGGGGCAGUUGCCCCCUUUCUUUUUCCUCAUGUUAAUAUUUCAUUGCUUGUGGUCGUCACGGUAUUAAGGACAGGGGGAGGGAGAGAGGCCACGCUGGCUGGAGAAGAAGAGUUGACCUGGCUGGCUGGAUAUAAUACCUCCACUCCCCUCUCUCCUUUUUUGGUAACUUUCUUGGGCUUCCUCGACGCUGCGCUAUACGACUUUCAUGACUUGUUUAGCUCUUUUUACCGGCCUACCUUACCUACUUAUUACAUAAAGUAUAUAUCCGUAUACAUACAUACGCUCUUUGCUUGCCUCA